UUAACUGUUUUUAAAUCUUCCUGCCUUAUGUUUGGAUGUUUUUAAUGGUUUUACGUGAAACAUUUUUUGCCCUGUUAUUGAAAUAUGCAAUACAGAUAGAAUUGCCUCACAAUGGAUUUGAUUCAAUAGGCCCAGAGAGACAAGUCAAUGUGAGAGAUUUCACAGCAUCACACCACAUCAAACAGUGUAUGGCACAGUUCGCCGCACUGCCUAUGUGUGAGAGACAAAGGCAGCUUGCAGUCACAGCCGCGAGAUGAACCUCCUCGGUUGGUUUGCCAUGUCGCUCUGUCUUUGCGUCAAUGCAGAGACCAACGCAGUGUGGCGAGAUUCUGGCGAUAACGUCACCUUGGGAUGUUCCAGCUGCGACAAAGUGUAUGACGGGAUGUAUCUUUAUCUGUAUCGGGAACACAAGCCGCGGAUACAGGUGGUGUACUAUCCAGAGUCCGGUAACGAAACAACCCCGGGAGAUGCCUUCAUAGAGAGGAUUCAAACGAAAGGAUCUCUGAGCAAACACACAGUCACCAUCAGCACGCUGAGCGUGAACGACUCUGGAUUCUACAAGUGUGUCUAUGUCACCUUUCCAAGUGGUGAAACAUCAUGCAGCCACUACACACUCUUUGUAAGCGGAGUUGCGCCGUGUCCUUGCCCCCUUGGCUACGACAAAAGUCCAUGUCGGGUGUUUAUCAUCAUCGCCGCCUUCACCGCUUGCAUGCUGGUAACCAUCCCCUUCAUCCUGCUGGUUGUCUCCAGGGUGAGGCGAUGGAGUAGCAGCAGGAGAGUCCCGGGGCCGUUAUCCAAUGACAACGUGUAUGAGGUCAUGAUUCCUGCACGAGAGGAGCUGCCGCCCGGCCCGUGUGCUUCUGCUUAGCAGCGCUUAGCUCGGCCUACAGGUGGUCUUCUUCUUCAGGCUGAUGUACCUUUUUGAGACAAAAUUAGAAAUCCAUGUUAUACAGCUGAACAAUGUGUUUCAGUGUUUGUUUUCUUCAAUAGAAUUGUGAUUAACUGCUUUAAAAGGUUUUGCAAGGUUUCGUAGCUCUGUAGGGCGAGCGCUAACAGUAUGUGAUGAGCAGGUAAGGGACACAAAAGGAAGUGUGAUUAAUAUCUAGAGCAUGCGUUGCUCUUGAAAAACAGAGUAGAGGCUGAUAUACAUCAAAAGUUGCGUGCGAAACGUCUGCACGUGUGGGCGCAAACCACAUACUGAGGAGUGGGGGGAUGUUUCAGGGGUUGUUUUGCAAGUCGACAGCCUUCAGUUUAGAAAUGAGUACCUAUCUAAUGCAAUCCUAAAAUUCAUAAUAUGAUUAUUGAGACAACUAUCAAAUCUGUAUCUCAGGUAAUGAAUAUGAUUUUUUUAAUACAGAAGAUUUUGAUGAUUGUUGUUUCUUGUGGUUGCCUUGAUCUCGCUGUAUGACAUUUCUUAUUUACUAAGACACAUACAGUUGUGGUCAAAAGUUGACAUACACUUGUAAAGAACAUAA